AUGGAGCAACCCCGGAAACACUCGGCCUCUCGUCCAAUCGAGUAUCUCCUCUCAGGCAUCUCAUCGACAUCGGCCAUCCUCACACGCUUCAUCCGGUCUGUACGAGCCUCCCAUUCCGAUCUCUCUGCUGUCACCCGCGAGCUGUCCGACCUCAGGCUUUUGCUGGAGCUGCUUCGAGAUGAGCCUUCUAUUCCUUUGUUAUUGCAGGCGCAAAUGCUGCUGCUGCUGGAAAGCUGUGGGAAUACGCUGAUACGCAUCGAUUCAAUCCUCACCCAAUGCCGGAAUGCAACAGACUGGAAUCAAGCCGGACGAGCGCAGAUCGGACAGUGCCGUGACGAUAUAGGAUUAUUUCGUGAGGUACUGGGACUUGCCUUAGAUAUCUUGAGCUUGUAA